AGCAGGCCCACGGUGUGGUACCGCGGAUUGGCGCAAGAUAGCCCCACACAUGCUUGAUCCGGACUACUGACCGGGCCGUCCCCCGGUGUCCAAGUGCAUGACUUCGCUGCUGCAGCCGAGCUUGAGGCGAGAUGCUGUCUCGUCGACUCGUUUCACUUCUCCAUCACUCUCUUGCUCAUCACACCCACGAGUUUGGAAGCGCGGCUCUAGUACUAUUGAAUCCAGCGUCGAGCCUAACCAUCUCACACGCGACCUUCGAACGCGACAUACCCAUACAGCUACACAGCCAACAACACACGCGAUGUCACUCGACAAAGAGAAGGGCGUGGCCGAGUCGCAGGGCCGUGUCGUGCCGGCCGGCAGCGACGAUGUUGCGCACCGCCUAGAGGAGAUGGGCUACAAGCAGGAGCUGCAGCGUAAUCUCGGCAUGGUCGCCGUUCUUGGCCUGUCGUUUGCGAUCAUGGCGGUCCCAUUCGGCACGUCCACGACCUUCCCCAUCGCUCUCAUCGACGGCGGACCCGUGACCAUCCUCUACGGCUGGAUUCUCGUGUCGCUCAUCUCGUGCUGCAUCGCAGCGUCGCUGGCUGAGAUCUGCUCAGUUUACCCAACUUCCGGCGGAGUCUACUACUGGGCUGCCAUGCUCUCCACCCCAAAAUACCAGGCUUUCUCGUCGUAUCUUACCGGCUGGCUGGGCACGGUCGGCAACUGGACUGUCACCGCUUCCAUCACUUUUGGCGGCUCCCAGCUCAUCCUGGCUGCCGUGACGCUCUUCCACGAUGACUACGUCCCCACCGCAUGGCAGACCGUUCUGGUGUACUGGGCUGCCCUCCUCGGCUCCCUUGCCAUCAACAUCUUCUUCAACCGCCACCUGGACAAACUUAACACCAUCUGCCUGUACUGGACGGGUGCCGCUGUGGUGAUCAUCAUUGUGACGCUCCUCGCCCGCGCUGAGAAGCGCAACUCGGCCAAGUUUGCUUUCUCUCACUUUGAUGCGAGCGGCGCGGGCUGGCCAGAGCCGUGGGCGUUCUUUGUCGGCCUUCUUCAAGCUGCGUACACCUUGACUGGAUACGGCAUGGUCGCAGCUCUCUGCGAGGAGGUGCACUCUCCACAGAAGGAGGUGCCGAAGGCCAUGGUUUGGAGUGUUGUCGCUGCCGGUAUUACUGGCAUCGUCUACCUUCUGCCCAUCAUCUUCGUGCUUCCCGUCGACCAGAUUGAUUAUCUCCUUGCGGUGCCGUCCCUCCAGCCUAUGCCGGAGCUCUACAAGAUCGUGACGCGUAGCGCAGCAGGUGCGAUGUGUCUCCUGACUCUCAUUCUCGGUAUUUGGUUCUUCGCGACUGUCGGCUCGUUGACUGCCGCAUCUCGUUGCACGUGGGCGUUCAGCCGCGACGGUGGCAUUCCGCUCUUCAAGGUGUGGCGCAAGGUUAACCCGCGCUAUGAUGUGCCGGUCAACGCGCUGAUCCUUUCCACCAUUGUCUGCGCGCUCCUCGGCCUGAUCUACCUCGGCUCCUCGGCUGCCUUUAACGCCUUCACUGGCGUUGCCACCAUCUGCCUGGGCUGCUCGUACGCCUUCCCCAUCCUCUGCUCCCUGCUCCGCCGUCGCCAGAUGGUCCGCAACGCGCCUUAUUCGCUCGGCGCAUUUGGAUGGGUUAUCAACUGCAUCACCUGCGUCUGGAUCACCUUCACCAUUGCGCUGUUCUGCAUGCCCACGGCAAUUCCCGUGACGCCGCAGACUAUGAACUAUGCCUCGGUCGUGUUUGCGGGCUUCUCUACCAUUGCGGCCCUGUGGUACGUAGUCUACGGGCACAAGAACUACAAGGGUCCGCAGGUCGCUGUGCUCGCGCGUCGCAUGAGCACCGCCAGCGAGGGAAGCCGCCGUGCGAGCAUGACCAGGGGCGAGAUCCCGACCCAGUGAUAAAUCGGGGCUGGAACGGGGGGCAGCGUGGGCUGUGGGAUCGCUCGUAAUUCCGUUGUAGACCAGACCGCAUGUACGCGUUGCGUUCGUUGAG